CUUUCCCCUCUAGCCCAGCGGUUUCCUCCCCCGCUCCCAUUCUGCUCUCUCAGUCUUUCACAGUCACGCAGCGUAGAGACUUACAGACAGAACAGCUCAGGCAGGAGAAAACAACUGGGAGGCAGGCAGGCGGCUGGGGGCUGAUGCUGCCAUUCCUUACACACAGAGGGGAAAGAGAGAGCGGGAAGGAGAGAGAGAGAGGGAGAGAAAGAGGGCGAGAGAGUGCUCAUCUACAGGAAAAGAGGGGCAGGAGAGAGUAGUUUUCUGUACUUUUCCCAGCAACACGUGGAUGGAACUCUCACAGGCUGAUCCUAUGAUGUGGAAUGCUUUGUGUCUGUGUGGACACAUAACAAAACGGUGAUGACUGGAGACAUGAUUGUCUCAACAAUACAGUCCCAGUAGAGAGCAGAGUGGAGAGGUGUCAGGAGGAGAUGAAAUUUAACUGAAGACCAACAUUUCUCUGAGGAGCCCAUGUCUCCCGUUGGGCAAAUAUGAUGGAACUCAGACACUCCCAAAUCAUUUGGAAUAAUUGUGAAAGUAACAGCCUGUCAAACGCAAUAACCUAUUGGACUUGACAAAAAGAUAGAAAAGGGGGGGGCAAGGGUAGGAAGGUUGAAGAAUGUUUUUGAAUUUCAGAAGGAUCAGAAAAUGUCAGUGUGUGCAGCUGGUGACGACGUGCUUUGUCCUGUCCGUGUUGAUGGUGUGCUGGGAGCAGCUGGACCACCAUGUGGUGAGCCAUAUGAAGUCUUACUCCUACCGCUACCUGGUCAACAGCUACGACUUCAUCAACAAGAGCUUUGGCAUCAGCCAGAGGGAGGCUAAGAGCCAGAGCAACUUCCCGUACCUCAUCAACCACCAUGACAAAUGUGACAGCAAUGAAGUGCUGUUGCUGCUGUUCGUCAAAUCUUCCCCAGAGAACCUGGAGAGGAGACAGGCCAUCCGGGCCACCUGGGGGAAUGAGGCCUACACACAGAGGGAGUUGGGGGCCACCGUGAGGGUGGUGUUUGCCCUGGGGGUCCACCCCAACCCCCAGCAGAGGGGCCAUGUACAGAGGAGGUUGCUGGGGGAGGACCAGGUCUAUGGGGACCUGGUCCAGCAGGACUUUGUCGACACCUUUCACAACCUCACCAUCAAACUGCUGCUGCAGUUCCGCUGGAGCCACAACUACUGCAGCCAAGCACGUUUCCUCAUGUCAGCCGACGACGACAUCUUUGUCCACAUGCCCAACCUGGUGCACUACCUGCAGGGCCUAAUCCGUCAGGGGGCCCAGGACCUCUGGGUGGGCCACGUGCACAGGGGAGCCCCACCUAACCGCCGGAAGGACAGCAAGUACCACGUGCCUUAUGAGAUGUACCAGUGGCUCUCUUACCCAGACUACACAGCGGGGGCAGGGUACGUUGUCUCAGGGGACGUGGCUUCCAAAAUCUACCAGGCCACUCUGUCCCUCAAUGCCUCGCUGUACAUUGACGAUGUGUUCAUGGGCAUCUGUGCCAACGCCAUGGGGGUGUCUCCCCAGGAACAUGUUUACUUUUCAGGGGAAGGGAAGGCCCCCUAUCACCCCUGCAUCUACGAUAAGAUGAUCACCUCUCACGGACACGUGGCAGAUGUCCGGUACCUUUGGAAGGCAGCGACGGACCCCCAGAUCCAUGACAUUUCCUCUGGCCUGUUGGGAAAGAUGUACUGCACAGCAGUUAAAGUAAUGCUCCUCUGUAAACCUUACUAUUUAAAUACCUACCCAUGCAAAGCAGCAUUUUCAUAGUGUAUUGUAAGGCUGCACAGUAUGUCACUGCAGUCUUUUUUUAUUUUUUAUAUUUCAGUGUCAACAGCUGGUAUCAUUUUCUAAAUAAAGACCAAAGCCUUGUUCUUGAGCAUAUAUUCACCACUCUUGCCUUGGCUUGAUGGAUAGUGCAGUUGUACUUUGUGGUUUAGCUAAUUGUGUGAUGGUAAACAGACUGUUCGUGUUCUUGGCUGCAUUCAGGAACAUUUUGGCUGGCUGCGUGAAAUCAUAAGGGAAGAACAUUUUGAAUAAAUGACCUCAGUCUCAAGAGGAAAUUCUGUCCAGCAUUGCUAGCUGACAUUAGGGUUUUUAUUCAGUUUUCUAUUGCUCAUUGAAUUAAACUGGUUGAAAGUGUACCGUCUGUAUCCUACUAAUUUUACCAUCCCUCUUAUCUCUAUAGAGCCUUUCUUACCCCGUUCCCUGAUUUCACUUCUCCUUAAAUGUCAGGCUGCAAACAAUGAGCAAACACAAUUUGCUUUAAACCACAUCCUGCUCACUAAAUCAUUCCAUAUGAACUCUGCUCCCCCAUCUCUCCCUUUCUUACAGUCUGGGCCCCCCAAUAAGGUAACAUGCAGCAUUUAGUGACUCUGCAGAAAGGAAUUCACUGUGAAACUAACUACUCUCUGAAAUAAGCUAACUAACCCCACCUUCAAACAUAAAUCACUUCACAAUGUUUGCUAAGGGUCUUUAACAUUCUCUACAAUUAUAAAUCUGGCAUGUGUAAUAAAGAAAUCGGAAUGAUUGGCUGUGAAAAUGUGGAUUUAGUAUGGAUCUCUAGUGGCCCUCGCCUACAGCAGGCGUUUCCCAAACUGUGUCCUUCAUUUACUUCUUUUUUUUAAUCUGGUUUUUAUCUGUUGCAACUUUAUGCUCCAAAAGAGACAUUGUCAGGGACAUCACAGCCUAUAUGUGUGUUUUAUGAAAAUCUCAUGUACAAAAAAAAACCUUAUGCAUAAAUACCCAGAACUGUUACAGGACAUUUUAACAUAUCAGGUGACAUACCAUAUGUACAUAAGCUUAUGUACGUCUCAUUUCAAUGUCAUGCAAAUACACAUGGCCUACAUUGACUGCUUCUAAUGCCUGUGCUUGGCAGAGGAGGGGAGUGCAAAUAUCAUUCACUUCCUGUACCUAUUUUAUUUCUGUCUUUCAGCCACAUCCCUUUGAGAUUGAGCCACUUUCUCACUUGCUCAGAACCUCAAGAGGUUUCCAAAUAUAAAAAUGUCUGUUGAGUCAGAGACUGUACCCAUGCAACAGGGAGUACACUCCUACGAACCGUAACAGUUACAAUAAAGACAAGAUACAUAA